AGCUGUGCCAGUCACUGGAGUCCUCUCACUGCUCGUCAAGUCGCCGGGCCGCUCGCUAUAUCUCUCUUCUCUUGCUCAAACUCUUUUCAAACUCCGGAACUCUGUAAAGAGUCGUUUCGAAGUCUGCAAAGUUUUCCCUUUUGAAGUUCCGUUGAUCACAUCGAGUCAAAGUUUUGAUCGAUCGGUUUAGGAAAGGAUUGGUGGUUCGUUUUAACUGUUGGCUGAAUCAGUGGUUGGAUCGAGGAUGGAGAAGGAGCAACCGGACUCCCUGGCGACUGUGGCCGUCGUUUCCGAGAAGAUGCAACACCAGGCUCACAGCAAUUACGCCCCUAGCGAGGUCUACUCGACCACCGAACCACCACCCGCGUACAUGAGGCCGAGGAACAGCACAGCGGUGCAGAUCGCGAGAAUAGCAGCCGUGACUUUGGUGGCCAUGUCGGUGAUCCUGGGCAGCUUCAUCUUGGCCGGCUCCUGGGUCCAAGCCAGGGCCUCCUGUACCCCGGAGUCCAUAGCGGCCAUGCAAGCCGAAAUGAGACUCCAACAGCAGCAGCAGCAGUCUUCCCUCAAUUACCCUCAGCCCGAGUUCCUCAAACACUUGCAGCCUGAGGCUCUCGUCCAAGACACCAGCGAGACAAAGUCGGUCCAGCAGAACCUGGAAUCGAAGAAAGAUGAGCCAGAGGCUGAACCGAAAGAUGCGAAAAACCAAAAAGAGGAUGACAACAGUUCAAAAUCGGAUAGCGACAGUGGUGACGACGAGGACGACUACGACGACGAUGAAUUUCCUUCGGUGCACAUAAAACUACCUCUACAGUUCGAUUUUGACGACAUUGCAGGCACACUGAUCCAAGAAGCAAGGAGCCGAGUGUCUUGCGUGGUUGAGAGAAGGCGAGCCGACCAGGUGAUGGACGGACCCUCCGGCGGCAACAACAACCUCGACAGCAAUGGUAAUAGUAACAACACGGAUUCUCGUUACCAGAGAUUGAGCGGUGAACGCGUGGCGAUUCUAUGCGAAUCCGGGAAUCCACGACAAGAGCAACAGGAGGAGAUGCUGACGCCUAUCAUAAUUCCAUUGGGCACGGUGCAGGUGCCGGUUCAGGGCCAGGAAGCGAACCCUGGAUACCAUCAGUAUCAAGUUCCAGACAUGCAGCAACUACCUUUAAGUGAUCCUCGAGGUUUGAACCAUAUCCCAGCGGCCGUCUUGCCGCCCGAGCUGAGGAACGUGCCGCAGGUGGCUAUGGAGAUGAGGCCGCCACGAAUGGGCCCGCAAAUGGAAGCCCAGAUGCCCGGCAUGGGAGGACCGCAGAUGGAAGUACGCCGAAUUCCGAUCGAACUGCGCCACUUCCCAGUGUACCCCGUAAGAGGAAUGCGACCCCCAAUGCCCCAGGAACAGGUCCCGAUGAUGUACCAACACGUGGAACAGACUGGGAACGGAUACGGGCAAGAACAGGGUCCGAUAAUGAUGCCACCGCCUGCUCCGCAGCCCGAAGCCCAGGUGCACGAGCAGAGGAUGGUGCCAGUUUUAAUCGAGAAUCAGGCGAUGCCCGAGCAGAGGCAAGCCCAGCCUCAGGCACAGCCCGCUGAGAGGCCGCGCGGCCCCUUCCAAGGUAUCCCGUUCGAGAUAAGGAGAAUCAUCCAACAAGUGCCUUUGGAGAUCAAAAACAUAAUUCAACAUAUCACCGGCGAGGCGAGACCCCUGGCAGUGCCCAUGCAAGUACCGGACGGCGCCAGGCGCGAGAGCGUGCAGGAGUUCAAGCCGUUCCCGGAAGGCGCCCAGCCUUUAGGACUUCCUCUGCCCGUGGAGGUGAGGAACUUGUUAGACGGUAGACAGAGGACUGAUUCUUCCAGCGAACAGCAGGAGGACGAUAGCGACGAGGAGAGGAACUUCCCCGUACCAGCCGAGAUCCGGAACAUAAUUCACCAGGUGGUCGAAGGGAACGCGUUCCCAGUGCCAAGAUUCGCGCUACCACUGAGACCCGUGGAUUCUCUCGAGAUCCCAGUGGAGGCUCGCGCGGAAGUCUCCGACGGCCGAGCCUCCGAACCGGAGUCCCAGCAGCAGAGACAGCAACAGGAACAGGAGCAACAGGCGCAGGCUCGAUUGAUGAUUCAACGACAGCAGAUGCAACAGCAGUUGCAACAGCAGCAACAGCAGCAGGAAAUGCAGAAGAUGCAGGAGAUGCAACAAAUGCAGCAACAGCAGCAGCAGCAGCAGCAGCAGCAGCAGCAGCAGCAGCAACAGCCGCAACAGGCUCAGCAGGAACAGGAAGAGGGGACUCGUCCUCAUUUUGUCCAGCCACGGUCUGUGCGUUCGAUCCCGGAUGCCUUCACCCAUCGCCGUGAGAAACGUGUUCGUCGCUGCGCCUGUGACUGCGCCUGUUAAACUAACCAACAGUCGAACCAUCCGUCCAUUAAGAGUAAAUUUAACAAAAGAGAUCCGACCAGAGAUAUCGAAUCUAAAAAUAAUAAUCACGAGUCACGAAUAUAUAUAUAUAGUAUUAUAACGCUUGCAAGUUCUUGAUCAUUUCGGCUGUUCCGAAAGGAGAUUAAUUGAUUGAAGAGAUCGUAGAUGCAUAGUCGAGUAGAGAUUUACAGUAAUAUAAGUAACACCCCGAUAGAGAGAGACGAAAGCAGAUGAAAAUAAGAUAGAAAUUGUGUAAUUUCUAAGUGAUACGAUUUCCCUUUUGACGGUGAUAACAUUGACCAUUUUCUUUUAACCAGUUAAGGCCAACCAGCUUACUAUAGUAAUUCAUUAAUUAUCAGUUCUUCAGCAGUAAGAAACGAGAGAUUCUUAAUAUUUAAAUAAGCAGGGAACUUUUCAGUGGUUUCGCAAUUUAUUAAACUAUGUUUAAAAAUGAAUAAAAAUGAUGUAACGCGUUCUA